AUGUGGAUUAUCCCUUAUGUUUUCCUUCUGAUUUCCCUCGGAUGGACAAAAGCGACAAAUAACGUACUCCAAUAUAUAGUCACUUUCUCAGUGGAAUUUCCGGACAAGGGCAUCUUCGACUUGUUUCCGAGUGAAAUCAAUCUCACCUUUGCAAUUUCUUCCUCAAGUCACAAUUACAGCUUAUCAUUUUUAUUAUCAUGCAAAGCUCCUCUUACAUCUGUGGUUGUGGUAUAUCGAGCGGAGGAAAAUGGCUCAUACCAAGAAAGUCCACUCCAAUGUCUGUGCCGGCCAUCCUUUUGGUCCAUCACUUCAAAUGGAUUUCGUUCGAGCGGUCAUUUAUCAAACACUUAUCGGCUCCUUUCCUUGUGUGAGAAUGGUUUAAAGGUUUUCUUCAAGAUGACAGUGGCCAGCUUCCGUGGGAACUACGAUAAACUGAUUUUUCGUGUGAACAGCUUAAUUUCGCAAGUAAAUGAGCUCUUCGCAACGUUCAAUAUCAUCAUCGUUGUGGUUCGCUUGGAGAUUUGGGAACAGGAUCGAGUUCGAUUGAACUUGGAGGAGCAUCAUCUCCUUCCAACUUUGGCCCAGUUCAAGCGUAUGCAUGCAGGCGUCAGACAUGACUGUCUGCACGCAUUGUUGGGUGAAAAAGCCAUAUUCUCGUUGAAACGUGGGAGUGCAAACGCCCGAACGAUGUGCGUGUUUUCCAACUGCGUUGGCUACAGUCGCGAUUCGGCUAGCGUGGAUCUGAUGGAAACUGCUCGGACUAUGGCACAUGAACUGGGUCACAACUUCGGUCUGCGGCACGACACGGAAGAAUGCAGUUGCCAGAGCUGCAUUAUGGCAACUGGUGUGGAAUUCGGCAACAACCGAAUGGAGUGGUCCCCAUGUUCGGUGCGUGAUUUGCCCGUCCUGCUGCAAUACGGUAUGGGAUUCUGCUUGCACGACGUUCCCCAGAACAGUGCUGUCUCCCUUCCUGGCGCUGCACUUCAGCCGAUGCUCACCGCUGCCUCCCCUGUUCACCGCCGCGCUCCCAACCCCCCCUUAGCGCACUCUGUCGUCCAAGUGUACGAUUGGCAGAAAGAAGCGAGCGCUGUGUCAGCCAUUCGAGCUUUCCGUUCCAACCGGGCUCUCUCUGCGGCCACCGGUUUAUGUGGUAAUGGAGUUUUGGAUCCGGGUGAGGAGUGCGAUUGCGGGACACGUCUGUCGUGCCCUCAGGAGCUACAAGACUGUUGUGAUGUCACCCGAUGUAUGCUCAAGUCAUCUUCGACCUGCGCAGGAGGGCCCUGUUGCCAAGUGGAGCGACGCACGGAUUCUUCGCCAUCCGUCCAUUUUCACUGUCGACUGGCAGAUGCCGGUACCAUUUGCCGAAAUGUAACAAGCACUUGUGAUCUCCCAGAGUAUUGUGAUGGUCUAACACAAUGGUGCCCUCCCGAUGUGUACAAAGCCGACGGAAUAGCAUGCAGUACGGAGGAGGGAUCGAAGUCUUACUGCAUACGAGGUGGUUGCCGAGAGUCGGACAGUUGGUGUCGAGUGCUGUGGGGAAAGACGGCCCGAAUUGCACAUCCAAGCUGCUUUCACGAAAACGGUCGCCGACACUCGGACGGUAAGGUGGAUCAAGUUGCAAACUGUGGCAAACGACGACCACCCGAAGGCGAACGUUGGGAGGGUGCGAAAUCGUGGCCCCCCAUCGAAUGUGCCUCAUGGUACGACACCGAGUGCGGCCGUCUAUGGUGUCAUCAUCGUAACGAAAAGGCGUUACUUUUGGGAGUGGUACAAUCACAGACGCGAAAAUUGCCGUCGGUGAGGGAAACAUGCGCUUCUGUAGUCUACGAUCCCCUCUGGCCGGCCGCCGAUCCGACUACAUGGGCCACGAACAAUACGCGUCAACUCAACUGGAACGCAGCUGCUGUGGGCCAGUUAGGUGCGAUCACCCAGGAUGCUGGCAUGGUUCCGGACGGGACACCUUGUUCACGCGGACUCUGUUACAAUGGAUCUUGCCUCACUCUUGCUGAACUUCCAACUAGUCAAUCAUGCAAUUGUCGCGGUCCUGGGAUUUGCAACAAUCUCGGCCACUGUCACUGCUCUCCCGGGUUCCAUGCGCCACAUUGCGAACACGGUGGUGACGGUGGCAGUGUCGACAGUGGUCCUCCUCCACGUGAAUGGAGGCCUCAUACAGCAGUUGAUCGUCGCCGUUAUAAUCUGGGGGCCCCUUCGUUGUUACCCCCAUGGGCUCCGCCCACCUGGUUUUUUGCUCACAAGUCUGGGUCGCGUUUUCCGCCUGUUACUACCACGCCAACUUCGAAAAAUUCCGCUUCUACUCCUCAACAUUCUUCGUACGUGCCCAAAUACUCCAAACCGACUACUCGUCGGCCCUCCGGCUCUAGACGACGUAUUUUACCUAGUAAGCCUAAACGACCCACAACGUGGCCCUCGAGGCCCGGUGUGCCCACCACUUCAUCCUCUCCACUGGGACGAGCACCAAUUACGUCUUCUUCGUCUGAUCAGAAUGACGAGACGACUUUCGGAUUCACCAAGCCUCUAGACAGACUGGAUAACUCGAAACCGGCACUUGUCAUCGCAGUGUCCCUUCUUAUUUUCCUGGGGAUCCCGCUGAUUGUUCUCAUCAUCUACUGUGCUGUGCGCUACCGGUGCAGAUUCACCUUAACCUCUGCGCCAAUGGUGCCUACGAAAUCGGGUCUUCGAAAGCCGCUCGACAAAGGAUUGCUGCCUUUCUUACGACAGUGUUGCAGGCAAUCAAUUCCCCGAAGCUUUACCUAUGAUAGCCUUUCCAUCGGUCUCCAUAGUGAAAACUUCGUUUCUCCCGAGAAACAUCAAAGAAACGGGACAACCUCAGUUUCAAACGGUCUCAUACACAAUCACAAACCAGUUCAUCACGAAGAAGCAUCAGCGAAACUAGGCAAUGGUGAGCAGUUGGUCUCAUGGCUAUCUGAUAUUUUGUGUCUCCCUUCAUGUGCUCAUUUGUCUGACAAGGUUUUCAUGAAAUUCCGUGGUUCUGGAGGCAUACUGUGUUAG